AAAAUGGCAGAGCUUAUGGAUGUAGAUUUGGUGGUCCUUCGUCAGCAAAAUCUCGCAGAUAAUAAAAGAAUUCUGGAGAAAAUCAAAGCUGAUCUGAAGGAGUUCAUACCGAAAAUGUCACAAGCCACAGUACCGGAAUUAAACAGAUUGUUUGAGUCAUUUGGAAUACCUUUCUAGCAAAGUCUUACAUCUCCAGAAAUGGAUAUCUGAACAUCUGGGCCAGGAGUUUGAAGUCAGUGACAGUGACGAAGAACAGGUUGUCAAUGCAAGGAUUGAAGAAAUGAUUAGAAAUUAUGAAACUGUAUGACUGUGUAGACUGAUGACGCAUCAUGUAACAGUAAAGUUUGUACCAGUCCUGCAAAGUGAAUUGCCUUCUCCAGUUUGACAAGGCUAGUAUUGACAGCAUAUACUUUCAAUGAGAGAUCUCGAGAUUGACAGAAAGGAAGCAGAGAUGUUCAUUACUUGGAGCUCACAUCAAAUUGCUACUGAGGAAACUCUGAAAGGGAAAUGUUGGAAACAGACUUGUUUUAGAUACACUUUUCAUUUUAAACCUGUCUGUAAGAAAGCAUUCAUGUAUGUCAAUGAUAUCAGAUCAAAAGCUCUGCGAAACCUACUUGAUCACUUUAGUAACAAUGGCGGGCGCAGUACCAUGUAUGCACGAUAACACUGGAAGAAAACCACACCAUGCCCUUGGUUACAAUGCAGGGCACUUGUUUGGCCAUUUUUGGGGCCAUAUCGGCCCCAUUCCCCUCUCAAGAUCAUGUUUUUUCCCCUAAUUCAGAAAAAAAUUCCCCUAAAAAAAAAUAAUAAAAAAUAAAAAAUUACAGAAAAUGUUACCUCCCCUCAAUUUCUCCUGCCCAAUGAAAUUAAUCGUAACUGAUCAGGUAGGAAUACGUUUGGAAUUUUCGGAUAUUACUGUUGCGAAGUAAAAUGUCGCACAAUCAAAACCACAACAAAAAAAGAAUAACGUCAAACACAUCAGAAAAGUGUAAGAAAAUUGACAUUUUAUUUAAGCAGCAUGCAUUAUCUUUGUCUGAAAUCACCACAUCAACAUCAACUACAGUCUCUAAAAAAGAAUCACUAAAACGUAAAGCAGUAUUCUCCCAUAACCAAGUUUACUCCCAUUCUCAUGAUUCUAGUGAUGAUGAUUGAGACAAUGGGUCAGAUAUAUAUGUACAAGUAAAAAAGCAUGUGUAAUGGUGCCUGACAGUUGACUGCCUGACGGUUGACUGUUUGAUACCAAUAAAUAUGAAGACUUUCAAAUGGCUUUACUACAGUGCAUCCAAAGAAGGUUAUUGCUGCAAGUACUGUGAAUUCAUGUAUAGUAGUUCAUUGCCUGAUGAGACAACUGCUUAUAUUUCAUGCGGAGUUAACUUAGGCACUCAUCCAGCAAGACGUCUAAAAACUCGUGACCAGUCUGAGAAGCACUUAAAGGCUUCAGAAAGCUACCUUUCCAAAUCAAUUAAAGGUACACAGAAGAUUUUUCCAUUAUUGGCAAAACAAGUAGAAAGUAAAAAGGCAUUGAACAAAACAUAUUUGGAGACCUUGUUCCGUACUUCACAUUUCAUGCUUAGGAAAAGAUGGGCACUCACUGACAACCUUGAGGAUUUUAUCAAGAACUUCUUGGCUUCUGAUAUAAAAAAUGAAAUGGUGAAACAGUAUGUGAUUGAAAAUCCUAAGUUGACUUACACUUCUCCAUCUUCUAUCCAGGACAUUGUCAAAUCAAUUGCAUUUGCAUUUGAAGAUGAUAUCCUUAAACAAAUCCGUGAUGCCAAAUGCUAUGCUCUAAUGGCAGACGAAUCAACUGAUGAGUCUAAUCAAUUUGCAGUAAUAAUCAAAUUUUUAAAGGAAAAGCAAGUGGCAGAUGUUUUUGUUGGAAUCAUUCAAGCAGUCUCUACUGAUGCAGCAAGUUUGAUGGGAGCCAUUGAACCGUUUUUUCAAGGCAAGGGAAACGAUAUCAAAAAAGCCAUUUUUGUAGGCUUUGAUGGCUGUAACGUUAUGAGGCUUUGAUGGCUGUAAUGUUAUGAGUGGGGUCAACAAAGGAUUACAGCCCAGAUUCAGACAUGUGGUCCCAUUUCAACUCUACAUUAACUGCAGAAAUCAUAGACUUGCCUUGUGCGUAAGCCAUCUUGUCAAGCAGUACCCGGUUCUUUUAGACCUGGAUGCCGUGAUGUUUACCAUAUGGAAAUUGAAAUUUUCGGCUCAAAGAUUUGCUAACCUCAUAGAUGAACUUGAACAUCUGAGUAAUAGAUUUACACAAGUUGGUGUUUGUGUGCAUGAUGAACUUUAUUUCUCCAAACUGCCAAUGAUAUGGGAUCUGAUAGAUGAGAGGAGAGAACUUGCAAGAAGGCUAAGAGAUGAAGGGCCAAUUCAACAGUUGGCAGAAGAAGUUGCCAGGCCGAUGGUGUACAGUUUGAUACAGGAGCUCGAAGAUGCAUUUCAUUGUAGCCUGGCUUUAGGUCCUUUCUCUGUGUUUGAUAUGAGACAUGUACCUUCAAAUCCCCUUGAAUUGGGCGACUAUGGACAGACGUCUAUUAGCCACAUUGCUGAUCAUUAUGGUGAGGCGAAACAGGAUACUUUCAUGGGACAUCAUGUUGUUGCUCAGCCCGAAUUUCCAGUAGAGAUUAUCAGAAGAGAGUUCAGUGCUUUUAAGCAUCAGAUGUUUAUUAUGAAGAUGCUCAAAUAGAACAACAGUCAUACAUGACGUUAGAGAAUAGGUGUUUGGUUACAUCUGACCGACAAUACCCGUUGCUCCAUUUUCCACAGAGUUCAGUAAG